AUGGAAUUAUCGCAGAAAAGAUUUGUGACCAUAAUAUGUACAUAUAUAAGAGCUGUAAAUGGAGUUUAUGGUGGAGCAGCGCAUGAUGCUCACGUAUGGAGCCUUUCAAACGAACGACAAUACAUGCCAUCUAACUACCAAAAUGGAGAUAAAUCUUCGUGGUUAAUUGGUGAUUCUGGAUAUCCAUUAGAGCCAUGGCUCCUUGCGCCUUACCGCAAUGCAGAAGAAAAUUCACUUGAAAGUUUGCACAAUGAAAAAUUUACAAAAGCAAAAUCAAUAAUCGAGCGUGUAUUUGGAAUUCUAAAAAGUCGUUUUCGACUUCAGUAUGCACCAAAAAAAGUUGUUAAAAUUUUGAACGUUUGUUGUGCUCUGCAUAACAUUUGCCUCAUAUACAACGUUGAAGCACCAACAGUAAUUGAAAUUAAUGAAGAAAGAUCUAAUUUGGCUUUACCCAACGUAGAUCAAAACGAGUUUUCACGAAUUGCGCAAACAAUACGAGACCGAAUUAAAAUAAGCUUGCGUUCGUAAUUUAAAUAAACUAACUAAAAAGCAAUCCAUUUAUUUCAUUUCU